AUGGGUACUCAAAGAAACCCCGUCGUUGCUUUUGAUCUCUAUGGCACCAUACUGUCCACAGACUCCAUUGUGGAGCAGCUCAAAGGACAUUUCCCUCUACCAAUAGCUCAGUCUCUUUCCACAUCAUGGAGACGAUAUCAGCUGGAAUAUACUUGGCGUCUCAACAGUAUGGAUCGAUAUGAUUCUUUCGACGACAUCACGCGAAACUCGCUGCAUCAGGCUCUGUUAGAGCACGGGGAAGCCCCGGAUCACGCCGUUGUCAACAAACUUCUCGUGGCGUACGAUCAUCUAUCGAUCUUUCCCGAUGUUGACCGUACGCUACGCCAAUUGGCAGCUUUACACAACACCACUGUCGUAGUAUUCUCAAAUGGCACUCAAACCAUGGUCACAAACUCGGUGCACCAUUCCCCGGACCUGUCACCUCACAAAGAUGUCUUCGCGGGCGUCAUCACGGUCGAGGACGUGCAGAAGUUCAAACCCGCCCCUGCGGCGUACACCCACCUGGCCCGGAAAAUGGGCAAAUCGCCUCAGCAAAUGGCUGAUCUGUGGCUGAUCAGUGCCAACCCGUUUGACAUCGUGGGUGCGCGCGCCAGUGGUCUCAACGCCAUCUGGGUGGAUCGCAGUCGUCGUGGCUGGAUGGAUGCGGCGAUACCGGGCCUGCAGCCAACUGCUGUUGUGCAGGAAUUGGAUGAGAUUGUGGCUCUCAUUCCAAAGGGAUAA